CUACCUUUUUUUCUUUUUUUUGCAGACUUUACAAGCACUAAUAAAUAUAAAGGAACAACUCAUGGGAAGAAGAAGAAGAAGACGAAGGGAGAGGGCCGGAGAGGGAAAGCUGGAGAUGGGAACAGAGCUUAUGGUUCUGAUUUUUCUAACGUGUCUCCAACUCAUCAGGGGAGUUAGUGGCGAACUGUUCGAUGUGCCAGCGUUGUUUGUGUUUGGCGACUCAUUGGUAGACGAUGGAAACAACAACUACAUUCCUUCAAUUGCUCGAGCUAACUAUCCGCCUUACGGUAUAGAUUUCGGCUAUCCUACCGGUCGUUUCUGCAAUGGACUGACUGUGGUAGAUUAUGGAGCUCUGGCCUUGGGGGUACCACUAGUGCCACCUUGUCUUAGUCUAAAAAGCAAAGGGGCAAGCAUUCUCAGAGGGGUCAACUAUGCAUCAGCAGCAGGGGGUAUCCUCGAUGAAACCGGAAAAAACUAUGUGGCUAGGGUUUCAUUUAAUCAGCAGUUGGCACUAUUCGAGAAGGCCAUUGAGUUUGAAUAUUCAUUGCUCUUCCAAGAGCCACAGGCGCUUUCUCGCUACCUUGCUAGAUCCAUAUUUGCCCUCGUCUUUGGCAGCAAUGACUACAUCAACAACUACCUCAUGCCCAAGCUCUACCUGUCAAGCAGUCUCUAUGACCCUGACUCCUACGCUGAGCUCCUUGUCCAGGCCUACGCACAACAGAUGAGGAAACUUUACAGUUUGGGUGCAAGGAAAAUCAUAGUGGCAAACAUUGGGCCGCUAGGAUGUAUUCCCAGUCAGCUUGCCAUGGCUGAUACUGAUGGCAGCUGCGUGGAGCGCAUAAACAGAGCCGUUUCUGCAUUUAAUGAACGGUUGUUUGAGCUAGUAAAGAACAUCAAUUCGACACUUCCUGGAUCUUUCUUUGUCUACCAGGAUGUUUAUGGCAUCUUCUCCGAUAUAGCUGCCAACCCUCAGAAAUACGGAUUCACGGUAGCAAACAAGGCAUGCUGUGGGGUUGGGAGGUAUGGUGGGGCGUUAACGUGCCUGCCGUUCGAGAAGCCGUGUGAGGACAGGGACCAUCAUGUCUUCUGGGAUGCUUUCCACCCAACUCAAGCAGUAAACAAGAUCAUCUUUGAAAGCUGCUACGCUCCGGCCUCCACUUAUUGCUAUCCCAUGGGAUUUCAGAGUCUCGCUACGAUUUGAAGAUCUUCUUUCAGAGGGAGAGAGAGAGAGAGAGAGAGAGAGAGAGAGAGAGAGAGAGCCCCAUGAUUGAGCGAAAUAAAUCCCUCCUGCGCAAGCUAUUUGUUUUUUUAUUAAUGACAUUUAUAGAGGUCUCUGUUCGCUGGACUGUCAGACCUCUUUUUCUUCCAAGCUCUCAGAGUUGAUGGUUGACAGUCAUUAAUAAGCGAGGUAAACGACACUGGCUGUAUGCCUCAUUGGUGUUCCA